AUCAAAUUCUAAAACUCACCUGCACACGACACACACGAUGGUUGAAAUUUGAAGCAAAGCACGUGUUUGUGUGUGUAGUUCUCUCUCUCUCUCUCUCUCUCUCUCCAGGCUCCAAUGGCUUUCUCUGCAAUGACUAGCAUGCACUCUCCUCAAUUUCUCCGCCUUCCCAUCUCCCUUCCCCGUUCUUCACCCUCUGGUCGAUUUUCACCGCCAAUUCUCAAACGCCCUAAACCACUCUCCAUUCGAUCAGUUUCAAUUCCUGCUGCACCAGCAUCAGGGUCUCUGGCCCCUGCAAUUUCUGUUACGGAUAAUGCGCUGAAGCACUUGAAUAAGAUGAGGUCUGAACGAAAUCAAGAUUUAUGUUUAAGAAUAGGUGUCAAACAGGGUGGGUGCUCUGGUAUGUCAUACACAAUGGAUUUUGAAGACAGGGUUAAUAAAAGGCCAGAUGAUUCAAUCAUUGAGUAUGAAGGUUUUGAAAUUGUUUGUGAUCCUAAGAGCCUACUCUUCAUAUUUGGCAUGCAAUUAGAUUACAGUGAUGCUCUGAUUGGGGGAGGCUUCUCUUUCAAGAAUCCUAACGCGACACAGACUUGUGGAUGUGGUAAAUCCUUUGCUGCCGAAAUUUAGAACCAUGUUUAUAGUCAAUAGUUUGUUUCUACAACACUCUGGACUAAAUAUAGACUUUUAUUACUAACAUAAAUAUAUUUAUAUGCAUUGUCAAAAAAAAAAUGUACUGAAUGGAAUGCUUGUUAUUUGUAUUUCUGUUUGUAUUUGUUUCGCUGCAUCAUUAGUCAUUCAUCUUUUCAAUUUGUUUAAGGAAAUCUGUUUAUUA